GUACUCCUGCAAUGUGCUUGUACACCCAAUGUGCUUGCGAAUCACUGUUCUAAGUAUUCAUAGUAUACCCACCUCUUAUUUCACCACUACACCCAUUUGCAUUUUGCUGACCCUUUUUCAUAUUUGUUUUCGCAAGAUGUUGACAGACGCCUCACAGCAGGAGACUGUGGACAGUGUAGACACUGUGGAGAGUGUCUACUGGGGAUCAGCCCUUGCCCUCCUCCACUUCUGACGCUGGGACACAGUGUUUUUUGAAGCCCCCCCGAUGGUCUCACGGUAAAACUUGGGUAUUUUAAGGGGUAGUUAUUAGAUAUAGUCUCUAAAACAUUGCCAGUAUCUAUGCAAUCAGAACAUUUCCAUACACAUUGAUUAAAUUAAUACAUAGCCUACACCAAAAAACAUACCAGUUUAGAUUUGCCAUGAUUGUCUCAUGUUUGGGUAUGUUUACUGCCUCUCCACAGCUGUGCAGGUUAACCUGAAGCCCAAGAUGGUCAGCGUGGGCACACAGACAUCAUUCGGCACACAAACCUCCACUCCCCUUGCUAGUCCUGAACAGACAGAUGAAGAUGAUGAUAAUGCCUCUGUCAUCAGUGACUUAUCGUGAGUGCCCGAAGAGCCGAUGCAUGAGGAGGACUUGUUUGAUGAGGAGCCACCUUACAUGUGUGACCCCCAUCACAAGCUCAUUGGCAGCAGUAAAGUUGGAGAACAUAAUCACGAGGACUGCCUUACUGAAAGAUGUUCGACAGCUGUCUCCACAGCAUCAGACAUUCUCCCUUGAGGCUUACCACUCCCUCAUCUUGCACUUCGCACCCAAGCACACAGGGUUUUCAUACGUUGGGAUGUAUAGCAGGCUUCUCUUAGCGGCGCUGCAUUACAAUCACAAUGCCAACCGCGAGACAGCACGGAAAAGUGAUGGGACGGAGAAGUACUGCGUGCGGUAUCUGCGCUUCAGAAAAGGUGCCCAUGUGUCCCAUCAAAGAGGCAGCCUCAUACGGUUAUGCAACAUCAUUGAUGAAGGCCCUUCAGGAAAGCUACACCCAUUCACCUGCAGCUCUUCGAGAGACAAGUCCAAUGAUUUAGUUGUAAGUAUUUAUUUUAGUUGUUAUUUAUCUUCUUUCCUUCUGUCCCUGUCAUCUCAUUUGGUGGUGGUGGUUUCCUGUAUUCUGCAUGUUUUGUGUGUUGUUACUUUGGUUUUACUUUGCACUAAAUCAUUACUUUUUUCGUCUUUGUAAGUGGCAUUAAUUGUCGCUGUACCCCAUUCAAAGGGUCUUGCAUGCUGCAUGUCUGCUCCUCUGUCUGUUAUUUGCAUGAAAUUUGUUUUAUGUAAUUCAAAAUAAUUUACCAAUCAUUUUACCUGUGCCUUGUCAACCUCUGUGUGCGGUGUUGUCUGGGUUCACUGUGUGUCAGCUUGAUAUGCUUUUGCAUGUAUCACUGCAUAUGCAUUCAUGAAAGAGUGUGAGUGUGAGUGACUGUGUGUGAGUAAGUGAGUGUGAGUGAGUGCGAGAACCAUCAUUUGACCCUCAGGUAAGACCACACUUCUGCAGGCAAAAAAACAAUGUGCAAAGGUUUCAGGUCUAGCCCUUCAUCAGUGGGCUUUUUUUAUAUAGAUUUGUUUACUUGCAACCUGUGUCUUUGUUCAGUAAUCCUUGUCCUUGUUCAGUAAAUGUUUAGUAACCCUUACAAGCAAU